AUGCAUCUCUUUAUUGUGAUGGAGUACUGCUCGCAAACACUCGGGUCUGUACUCAAUGAUAAACAACAAGUAUUUGGCAGACAAUCGACUCAAGCCAUGAAUAUCUACGAGUAUUUCACUUCUUGCGAAAUACUUCGGGAACUCUUAGAAUGUGUGGCCAAACCCGUGACCACUAUAGGGAGUGUCAGAGAAUUGAGUGCUAUGUUUGAGAAUAUAACAGUUAGGGAAGACAAACGCAAUGGCCUUCAAAAUGGAAAGACCGCUGAAAAAAAUUAUAGCAAUGGCAUGGAUUUGCCCAAUAAUUUCGGUAAUAAUAACACUAAUAGCAACACUACUAACACUAAAUCAACCGAUAAGACGAGCAGUUCAGCCCUUCUGGAACUCUUAGACUUGGGUUCGCCCGCAAAAAGUGUUGAAACAAUUAAAUCAACCCCAAUAUCGCAAUCCACAGCUAAUAACGUUUUAGACCUAUUAGAAGAACUCGACUUGAAUCCAAGCCAACCGUUUGAUCACAACCCGAUCGGCAUUCCUCCGCUCGUCAAUAAUAAUAUAGCAAACGAUACGCAACUCAAUAGCAUUAUUGACGGUUUUAUAAAUGAUGUCAAACCUAUUGAACAAAUUAAUAACUCGAUUGAAUCGAUCGUCGCUUUUAAUAAGAAUGGAUUAAAAAUAGAUUUUAUUUUCGAAAGACCCGCCGAUAACUCGUCUCUAACUAUCAUAUCAUUGUUGGCCACCAAUUCCAGUCCCCAUCCAAUGGAUGACUUCCUAUUCCAAGCCGCUGUUCCUAAGGAAAUCCAAUUACAACUAAUGCCGCCCUCGAGUAAUAGAAUCGGCGAAAACAAUUCGGGUGCUGUUGUGCAAGAGAUCAGAGUAUUGAACCCAAAUAAGAAUCAGCUGAAGAUGAGACUCAGGCUCUCGUAUCAACACAACGGCAAUAACGUGACGGAAGAGUCGGGCGUACGUAACUUUCCGGUUACAACCUGGCAAUAGGAACGGCCAUUAAAUAGGUUCUGAUAACACAAUAACUUAUAACAUCCAUAAUCUGUGGGUACGAGUAAUCUGUGCCUCACUUUCAACAACAUUUUUACAUAAUAAUGAG